UUCUUAGCGAUGAAGUAAUACUGUAAAAUUGUAGCAGAACGGAUACACGUUUUGCUGUGUUUGUAUGGUGCAAUAUGUGAUUAUUUAAGUACUGGGUUUCAUCUGCAUACCCAGUGCUUUCUUGUGUACACAUGAAAAGGUGCUGGGAUGGAGGAUUUCUGCAAUGGAUCAGUUUUAUGGAAUACCACCCUAACAUGGAGGAACAGCUGGCCAGAAUUCACAGACUGCUUCCAGUUCACUGUGUUGAUCUGGGUGGCCAGUGGCUGGCUGUGGAUUACCUCCCCUUUUUAUAUCUAUUACUUGACAAUACAAAAAGACUGUCCCAACCCUGUAACUCUCAAGUUUGUCACAAAAGUAGUGUUAACUCUAUGUUCCCUAACCCCUGUAAUUAUAGAAAUAGUAUCGACGGCUCAUGAUUUGUCAGCAUCAGACUCUUAUUUGAAAGCCUGGUUGAUUGGGCCAUGUAUAGAAGCAGUUACACUGCUUUUAGUUUUGCUGUACAUAUUCCUAGAAAGACAGAAAGGAUUUGUGACCUCAGGGGUACUGUUCAUGUAUUGGACCAUUAACAUUAUAACAUGUAUUAUUCCAUUCUACCACAUGAUCAUCACAAAGGAAUACAAGGAUAAGCCUUUGAGUUUUAGUGUCUUUAAUGUUUAUUUCGGUCUGGCCAUUCUUCAGUGGAUACUUUACUGUACAGCAGACAAAACCAGCAGACCACAAACAGAGAAAGAAUGUCCAGAGCUUCGUGCAUCAUUUUUAUCCCGAAUAACGUUUUGGUGGAUAAACAGUUUGAUGAUUUCUGGCUACAAAACACCGGUGACAGAGGAUAUAUUUUCAUUAAAUCCAAGAGAACAGUCCAAAAGUGUCAUACCAAGAUUUGAGGCUAAAUGGGAGAGAGAAAAGGACAAAUUUAAGCAAGAACAAAAAAAUAAAAAAUCCCUGACAGUUUCUGUUGUGCCAGGUUCCACCACUGUGACUCAGCAGUCAAGUCACUAUACCAGCAUACAGGAGGAAACGUCAGAGAAAUCACCACUUCUGCCUAAAAGUGAAGCAGAAAAAUCAAAGAAAGAAACAAAUGUUCCAGGCCCCUCUCUGUUAAAAGUGCUCUUUAAAACGUUUGGAUGGGAACUGCUCCAUGCACAGAUUUUCAAGCUUUUUUAUGAUGUUCUUGUUUUUGUUCUUCCUCAACUUUUGAAGUACCUAAUCCAGUUUUCUAAGAAUGACCCCAAUGACACCACAUGGAGGGAAAACUGGAAAGGCUAUGUGUUGGCGGCCGGCUUUUUCCUGACCGUGCUUCUGCAGUCUGUUUUCUUCCAUCAGCUAUUCUACUGGAGUGUGGCAUUAGGACUCAGAAUCAGGGCUUGUUUAGUGUCAGCUGUGUAUAAAAAGGCUUUAACAAUGAACAACGAAGCAAGAAAGGGUUCAACUGUGGGUGAAAUUGUUAACUUGAUGUCAGUGGACACAGAGAAUAUUCAACAUUUGAUCCCUUAUCUGUGGUCAGCCUGGUCAUCUCUGCUGCAGACAGGUGUCGCCCUCUACUUCCUGUAUGACACUUUUAAAUAUGCCAUGUUUGCUGGUCUAGGAUUCAUUAUUCUUUUGUUUCCUUUCAAUGGAUUCAUCAUGAGUAAAAUGCAGACAUUGCAGAAAGCCAAGAUGAAAGAAAAAGACAACCGUAUAAAACUCCUGACAGAAGUUCUGAAUGGUAUCAAGAUUCUGAAAUUAUAUGCCUGGGAAAUGUCCUUCAAAGAGAAGAUAGAGGCUAUUCGUAAUGUGGAAUUAAGCAUCUUAAAAAAGGAGAGCAUGAUUGGUCUCUUCUUCUGGCUAUCCUGGAUAUUGGCUCCAUAUAUGGUUUCAAUGCUAACAUUCGGUGUUUACGUUUAUACCAUUGACACACAUUUCCUGUCUCCGGAAGUGGCCUUUGUUGGAAUUACGCUGCUUAAUAUUCUACGUUUUGCUGUGAAUAUGGCCCCAUACAUAAUGACAGAGGUAGUGAAAGCUGUUGUCUCACUCAAUAGGCUGAAGAAUUUCCUGAACAAUCAAGACCUGGACCCUGAGUGUGUAUCACACAGUCGUAUGGGAGAUGAUGCAAUAACCAUAAAUCAAGGCAGCUUUAUGUGGGAUCCUGAAGUUGGUGAAUGCUUGAAAAACAUUGAUCUGACUGUUGAAGAGGGCAGUCUAGUGGCCAUAGUAGGACAGGUGGGAUCAGGAAAAUCAUCCAUACUGUCGGCCAUAUUGGGAGAAAUGAUCAAGGUCAAAGGUCAAGUUAAUGUCAGGGGUACUGUGGCGUACGUUCCCCAACAAGCCUGGAUUCAGAACAACAGUGUGCAAAACAACAUUUUAUUCAGUCGGCCGAUGAGAUCUGCUUUCUACCAGAAAGUUAUCAAAGAGUGUGCUCUACAGCCAGACAUUGAUAUACUGCCAUCUGGGGACCAGACAGAAAUAGGAGAAAAUGGAGUUAAUCUUAGUGGUGGACAAAAGCAGAGGGUGAGUUUGGCCAGAGCUGUAUACCAUGACACAGACAUCUAUCUUCUAGAUGAUCCUCUGUCUGCUGUAGAUUCCCAUGUUGGCAAACAUUUGUUUGAUGAAGUCAUUGGAAAUACAGGGAUGCUCAAAAACAAGACAAGAGUAUUGGUCACUCAUGGAAUACACUGGCUGCCAAAAGUAGACAAGAUUGUCGUGUUGGUUAAUGGCAGUGUAUCAGAGGUUGGGACAUAUGAGGAGCUAGUGGACCAUGCUGGACCAUUUGCCGAGUUCCUCAGCACGUACCUCACUGCUGACAAAGAGAAAGAGGAAACUGAGGAGGAUCCAGAAGUGCGAGAAGCCAAGGAGAAAAUCCUACAGCGACUGAUAUCGGUGACAUCAGUAACGUCGGAUGAGGACGGUGAUGGCAGAAGGGUGUCGGAGUCUGAAAGUGAAAAAAAGACUUUGCUUCGUCAGCGUAGUGUGAAACAGAAAGACGAGAAAACGGUGGAGAAAAAGAAUAAACCUACAGAGACCCACAAACUUAUAGAAGAGGAAAAAGCUGAAAUAGGCAGUGUGAAGCUAAGUGUGUUUUUAGAGUAUGCACGAGCCUUAGGAAUGCCUUAUUUCAUACUAUAUAUAGUGCUGUAUAUUAUUUUCAUUGCCGUCAAUAUAUUUUCCACGACUUGGGUAAGUUAUUGGACAGAGGAUGCCACUCUGAAGAAUUCCUCCGUCUUCGGGAACAGUUCACUGCGCAGGGAGAGGAACGACUUCUACUUUGGUAUUUAUGGUGGCUUGGGAGCAGCACAGGCUGCAUUCAUAGUAAUCAUACAGUUCGUCUUUGUGAUCCGCACCAUUAUAGCCUCAAGGACUCUCCACCAGAAAAUGCUGUUCAACAUUGUGCGCUCACCCAUGUCCUUCUUUGAUACGACCCCUGUGGGUCGCAUAGUAAAUAGAUUCUCUGACGACAUCAGCACCAUUGAUGGAGAGUUGCCUAAUACAUUUUUUAUGUUUGCGGACAGCCUAUUGAUGGUUUUGGGAGCAUUAAUCGUCAUCUCAUUCAGUACCCCAAUAUUUAUGACUGUUAUCCUGCCUUUGGGGAUUCUUUACUUUCUGGCACAGAGAUUUUACAUUGCAACCUCCCGUCAGCUAAAACGAUUAGAGUCCAAGACACGUUCUCCUAUCUACAGCCAUUUUGGUGAGACCGUCACUGGAGCAAGUGUGAUCCGAGCCUUUGGGUUACAGAACGAGUUUAUUCUCGAGUCCCAAAAACGAGUAGACAAAAACCAGGUGUUCACCUUUGCCAGCAACACUGCUAAUAGAUGGCUUGGAUUCAGGUUGGAGCUCCUGGGAAAUUUUGUAGUUCUGGCAGCAGCCAUCUUUGCUGUUCUGGCCAGAGAUACAAUACAGGGAGGAAUAGUCGGACUUUCAAUUUCAUAUGCUCUACAGGUCACUGACAAUCUAAACUGGUUUGUGAGGAUGAUCUCGGAGCUGGAGACUAAUGUUGUAGCUGUGGAGAGGGUAUCAGAAUACACUAAGACACCAACAGAGGCUGACCUCAUUAACCCCUAUCAUCGACCUUCACAUGAUUGGCCGACAAAAGGUGUUGUGGAGUUCAGAAACUACUCCACUAGGUACAGAAGUGGCCUUGACCUGGUACUGAAAAAUGUCAACUUCAAGGUCAAUGUCUCAGAAAAGGUUGGAAUUGUGGGAAGAACAGGAGCUGGAAAGUCUUCCUUGACCUUGGCACUUUUCCGGUUAAUUGAACCAACAUCCGGUUCUAUUAUCAUUGAUAAAGAAAAUCUUUCUCACAUGGGUUUGCAUGACUCCAGGUCACGAUUAACAAUACUUCCACAGGACCCAGUAUUAUUUUCUGGGAGCCUUAGAAUGAACUUGGACCCAAUGAGUCGAUACACUGACCAAACAUUAUGGGAGGCCCUGGAGCAUGCCCAUCUGAAGGACUUUGUCCAGACACUACCCACUGGCCUGGAGUACGACUGCGGAGAAGGGGGGCAGAAUCUCAGUGUUGGACAGAAGCAGCUUCUCUGUUUGGCUCGAGCACUCUUACGCAAGACCAAAAUUCUGAUUCUGGAUGAAGCUACAGCAGCAGUUGACAUGGAAACAGAUGAACUCAUCCAGAAUACCAUCAAACAAGAGUUCCGUGAUUGCACAGUUCUGACCAUCGCACAUCGUCUGAACACAGUUAUAGAUUAUGACAGGAUUAUGGUACUGGAGCAGGGUGUAGUAAGAGAAUUUGAUAGUCCCCAAGCAUUGCUACAAAAAACUGACAGCUUGUUUUAUCAGCUGGCAAAGGAUGCUGGGAUUGUUUGAGACAAAGAAUGCUAGGAUUUUAUAUCACCCAAAGUUUUCUAAAAAAAACUUGGAAUUUAAUAUAGAUAUUUGGAAAUUUUUUUUUGAUAUGUCUAGAGUGACAUGCGAAAAGUUUUUAAGAAAUAGAUAUAAAAAGUUGACUUGAUAUUGUUUUCAAACUUUUGUUACAGUCAGUUUCCCUCCUCUUCCUUAAUUGAUGAGGUUUGCUGGUUUUAUCUUGUCAAAGAGGAAUCUCAAGCAUUUUUUCCACAAAGUAAUCAAUUUACAGUUAUUGUUUUCUUUUAGUUUAUUUGAAGUAUUAAAGUUUUUAGAGGUGGAUGUAGAUCUCCGCAAAAUUGUGUAUUGAUUAUUCAUAAUACAUGUUACUUGAAAUCAUUCCUCACAUUGUUUAGGUAUCCAAUAUUAUUGUACAGCAUAAACAUUUUACUUUCAAUCAGGGAAAAUAAAGUAGAUCUGAGGGGUUUUUUUGCAUUUACAUGUGGUAUGUGUGUUUUUACAUGUAUCUUGUUAUCAUUGUAACUUGUAUAUGUAAAAAAAAAUUCAUAGAUAGAACAUAUUAAAUAUGUUUCAAUGAAUUAUAGUAAGGAGUCAGAGUGCCAUAUUUCCUACACUGUAACUACCCUGAUACAGUAUAUGGAAUUCAACAUGCAGCGGUGCUUUUCAGCAGUAUUCCAUAUACUUUGAUUAGAAUUAAGAAUUUACAGUCAAAUUUUUUCCUCAGAAAAUUUCAAUUUCAAUGCUGAAUUUUUAAAAUUCAUUUUCCAAAAUGCAUAAGAAAUAAUUGCUUCCUGGGGGUUAAAAAAAAUUUUGAGUCUGGCCAUUUUCAGUCAGUCAGUCAGGAAAGGGCAACCAAACAAUUUUUUAAAGAUGGCCUGAACACUCAGUCUGGCAGCUGCUUAUACUAUUACACAUACAGUUGAACUUGGGUAUCUCGAACACCUACACCUCAAAUACCAUGGAUAUGUGGAAGUAAAUUGGAAGUCCCAACCACUUAUUCUUUAAGUAUUUUACCCUCAAUAUCCCAAAGCCUCGGAUGUUUUAAAGUUUUUUUCUCAGCCCCAACUAUUUCAAGAUAACAAGGUUUGACUGUAUUUUAAUUAAGGGAGGAUUAUCAUUUUUAAAAGAACAUACAUGUAAUUAAAAAUGGCAAACCACAGAAACCUCAUAUGAUUACUAGUAAUUUAUUGUGUUUAUUCAUUGAGAAUUGUUUAUGCAUUGAGAAUUGUAAAAAAACAUUUAUUUGACAAAAUCUAAAAAGAUACGAUGGCCUGGUGGAUUCAAAGUACCAGCAUAUAGCAUGUCUGGUACCAUUACACCUUUGAAAGAGUUCUUUAAAAAUUCUUUAAGAAAAUCAGGAACCUUGCCAAUGGCCUUAUUUUGCUAAAUGUCAUAUUGAUUUAAACUUGCAGAACUUGAUCAGUAUCAGAGGCAGGUAUAAAAAUUUCUCAAAAGCUAUAUUGAUACCUGAUAUGUACAUUUAAAAUAGUGAUUUGGAGGGGGUCUGUCCCUUGCCCUUACUUUUUUCUAAACAUAAAUUUGUAUAUUUACCUUGAUAUGAAAAUGUUCAUUGAAAAGCUUGUUCCCCAUUAAUAGAUCCUAACAUUCCCCUCCCCCUCCUCCCCAAAAGAAAAUAAAUUUUUGGAGUUUGGAAAAUUCUAUUUUGGGAAUGGGGGUGGGGGAGUCAAAUUUUUUUUCAGGUAAGUUGUCAGUUAUUUUUUUUCCUGUAAUGUCCUCUAUUUCAAAAUCUAUCCGACAUGUGUGAGAUUAAUUUUUUCUCCAUUACACUUUAAGUAGAUUAAAUAAUUCCAAAUUAAUACAUUUGGUUAUGUUUUUAUUUUAACCUGCUUCUUCCAUUACAUUUGGACAGGUGUUCAGCAAAUGAAAACAAGUACGAUGGCAUGAACUGCUUAACGAGUUUAUAUCAUUUAAUCAUUGAAUCAUGAAAUAAAACAAUUAUUGCUGUUUUUUACUAGUCAAUACGAUGAUUUAGCCACCUUCAAUGUAACAAUAUUCACCUUGCCCUUAGGGCUCGGGGAAUAUUGUACUCAUCAGGUAUCUAAAUCACCGUAUUGACCUCAAAAACAGCAAUAAUUGUAAAACAUCAACUUUCUCUUUUUGAUAACAGCAUGCAUAAUAGAUAUUCUGUCAUUCAAUCAUUACAUUUAUAUAAUUUCAACUUUUCUUGCUUUAAAUUUUAUAUUUUAUACUCAGUUAAGCUUUGUAUAUGUUACAUUUUUCAAUUGUAGCCUAUUAGUAAUACAUUGUUUAUUGUGCUUUUGUUUUUGUUUGUAUUUUGAAAGAGUUUUUGUUAGCCUUAUAUACAUGUAUGCAUAAUUGUAAACAAGAAUGCAGUUUUUGUAUCAGAGUGUAUCCACAAAAAUAGUUUACCUUGUGCUGUUAUACAGAAAAUAAAACAUUCUAAAGUGUA